AAAUAUAAAUCAAUCAGCUAAUUAAAAUCAAAAAGAAGACCAAUAUUCUGCUCCUAAUUAUUGCGAUUUUUGUGCUCUUAAAAAUAAUGGUUAAACACUUCCUAUUAACUUUAUCAUAAAAGAAACAAUAAAAUGGGCCUGCAUUUCCAAAGUGGCAUCGCUGUUAAUUUUUCACUCGAAUAAAAACAAUUCCGCCCGCCGCCCCCUACAAACAGCUGUGCAUGAUUAUAAAUACUCUCUGGAAACCACAUUGGUAGUGCACCAUAUACGUAAUCGCUGCAUUUCUCCCAAAUGGCUCUUUCACACGCCCGCAAAGAAGAGAUUCCCAAAGAUGCCAUUGUUAUCAAUGAGGAGCAGGCGCUAGCUUACCAGUGGCGGGUCAUAUCGAACUGGGAGAAUCGCUGGGAAGUGUGGAGCUUACGGUACGGACCCGGUUCACUUGGAGCAAUGGCUGCGGCUACGGGCAUUUACGUAAACAGUCAUUACCGUCACAAGUUAAAGCUGGGCAAUUAUGGCAAGGCAUCUACUUACUUGCCCAUCGUAGUCAUACCAGCUAUGUUCUCAGUGCUGUCACACAAAUUUCUAAUACAACGAAAUGUCUUAUUGGAUCAAGGUACCCAAUGUCCGCUUUGCUUACAAAUACGCGCCGGCGCUUUUCAAGCAGGAGUGGGUGUUUGCUAUCCAACCGUAUUGGCGCCAUUUGCAGCCUUCAUGUUCGCCACUCGUCACUUCACCUACCGUUUGCCGUCAAUAACAAAAGAACCAAUCGCGGUAUUUAGAUUAUGGCGAAAUAUGACGCGACCCAUAUUUCCGGUGCUAGGAGCGGCAAUUGCCGGGCAAGCGGUGAUAGCUAUGUAUAUCACAUAUAAGGAACAGAUGCAGAAUUGGCGUUUAGAGAUGAAAAUGAGACGCUUGGAACAGUUGGCGGAGGAGAAGCUUGAAGAAGAAAAGCUGCUGCAGGCAGCAAAGAAUUUUUAAAUGUAUUUGAUUUGUAUUUAUUCAUGGAUUAGGAGUUAUUGAGCGAAAAGGAUAUCUAAAAUGUAAUAGAUGGUGAGCAAUUUCCUUCCAUUGGACAGUUAGUCAUGGCCACACUCCCAAUGUUAUUGUUUUUAAAAUUGUUAUUUUUUCAAGGAUCCAAAAAGACCAAAAAAACAUCAACAAAACAUUUAUUUUUCAAUUAUAAUUGAUAUUUUUAAAUACUUUAAUAAUCCAUGCUUAUUUAUGGGUACAGUAUUUAUUUUUCCGUUUUCUUACACAAAAAUAUGUAAUUGAACAGCUAAUCAAUUAUAAAUCAGUUGGCUCCAAGGUAAUAUGCACUAUGUAUUUAAGCGAUUAUAAAUUAAAGAAUUAUUUUCCUUGUACUAAACAACUAAGAGAACAAUUUAACUAUUGCUUAACUAAAUUCACAGUUGAUUGGCUAUAUAUUUUUUUUAAUGUUUAAAUACUAUGCAAAGUAUUGUAUUUAUUUGUAUUUUGUAUUUGCAUUAUUCACAUAAUUGGGAAAAGUUAAAUAGUGCAAUAUUGACCGAAUUUUUUGGUGUCAAAAGUAUUAAAAAUAUCUUGAAGAAAAUAUACCGUUUUCAAAGUGCACAAACAAGCAUCAACAAUUUUAUAUUUGUAUUUAUUUUUGGUAACUGUACCACACACAUUACCAAAUCUCGCAUUGGAAUAUUUCGUUGGUUUCAAAAAACUUACGUUAAACUGGAAUUUACUAAUGCUGUAUUUUAAAACAAAACUAAAACACCCGAGAA